AUGGCCACCAUGACGGAAUUGAGUCCCACAGCAGGGAAGACUAAACACUCCCAAGAUACGCGAGUGGAUGAGAGUCUCGUUCCCAAGAAAGUUCUAAGCUUCCGCUCCACUCGCUAUGGAAUAGCCUUUAUCGCACAUUUCUGCAAUUUUAUACUGAUGGCACAGUAUGCUGCCAUCAACAUCAGCAUGGUGGCCAUGGUCAACGGCACAAACCAUCAGUCCCAGUUUAAUGGCUCCACCGAGAGUCUGCCUCUUGACGCACUUGGUGGCUCAAAUGAUGCGCCAAACAGUCUUCCAGCAGAGGCCCCUGUGUAUGACUGGAGCCCUCAAAUCCAAGGCAUCAUUUUUGGUUCUGUCAACUAUGGCAUGAUGCUGACAACGGCUCCCAGCGGGUACCUGGCUGGAAGAAUAGGAACAAAGCGUGUGGUUGGCGUUUCUUUGGUUGUAUCCUCCCUUCUCAUUAUCUUUACCCCGCUGGCGGCUGACCUGGGGCUAGCCUUCCUCAUUGCAACUCGAACAGUCCAGGGCCUGGCCCAGGGCUCGAUAUUUGGGGGCCAGCACGCGCUUUGGGAGAGAUGGGGUCCUCCACGUGAACGAAGCCGCCUCUGCACCCUCGCUCUAUCAGGAAUGAUGCUGGGAACCUUCGCCAUCAUCCUCCUGGGUGGCAUCAUCAGCCAAACCCUCGGGUGGCCUUUUGUCUUCUAUAUCUUUGGAGGCAUUGGCUGCGUCUACUGCCUUCUCUGGUUUGUUCUGGUGUAUGAUGACCCCGUCUCUCACCCAUGGAUAAGCGUCACAGAAAAGGAAUAUAUCGUAUCUUCCUUGGCCCAACAGGUCAGCCCUUGUAAGCAGCCUCUUCCGUUCAAGGCCAUGCUUGGGUCUCUACCCCUGUAUGCCAUUUGUCUGUGCAGUUUCAGCCAUCAGUGGCUGGUCACCAUACUGAUUGUAUACAUGCCAACUUACAUCAGCUCGGUGUUCAACGUUAAUAUCAGAGACAAUGGGUUCCUGUCUGCCUUUCCUUUUAUCAUUUCCUGGGUCACUGGUAUCCUGGGAGGCCAACUGGCAGAUUUCCUCCUGACCAAGAAUUUUAGGCUCGUUACCGUGAGGAAAAUUGCCACAUUUCUUGGAAAUUUCCCCUCUUCAGUGCUCCUCGUGGCUCUGUCCUACCUCACCCCUGACUACAUCACCACAAUGACCCUCCUCAUAGUCUCAUGUGGGUUUACCCCCUUCUGUCAGUCAGGGAUCUAUAUCAACGCCUUAGACAUUGCUCCGAGGCAUUCCAGUUUUCUCAUGGGAGCCUCAAGGGAAUUCGGAUACACAGCAGCCAUCCUGGCACCCACCGUCAGCGGGUUUCUCCUCAGUCAGGAUCCCGAAUUCGGAUGGAGAAAUGUCUUUCUGUUGUUGUUUGCCAUUAACCUAUCAGGAUUGAUCUUCUACCUUGUAUUUGGAGAUGCAGUUGUCCAAGACUGGGCUAAGGACAGGAAACUCACUCGUUUAUGA